AUGAUUGAAAACCAAGACGAUUUCGCCAGUGAAAUGAAACGCACUGAUCAUCCUCGAGAAACGCUUUCGUCGGAUGCUGAUAUACGAAAAAGAAACAUGAAGACAAAACGUGAACCAGGCCAUCGAAUAUUUGUCAAUCGAAGUUUACAAUUGGAUCGUAUCAAGUUCUAUGGAUUCGAUAUGGAUUAUACAUUAGCGCUGUAUAAAUCACCGGAAUUCGAAGAGCUGACAUUUCAACAAGUGCUGGAAACACUGAUCGAAUUGGGUUAUCCAGAACAAAUUCGACAAUUCGUCUACGAUCGAGCAUUCCCAUUAAGGGGUCUUUGGUAUGAUAAAUUCUAUGGCAAUCUACUCAAAGUUGAUUCCUACGGAAAUAUUCUCACUGUUGUUCAUGGCUUCAAAUUUCUCAAUGGACAUGAAGUUCGACAAAUAUAUCCAAAUAAAUAUAUUACACUUGAUGAUCGUAUUUAUGUUUUUUAUACACUUUUUAAUUUACCAGAGAUUUAUUUGAUUGCAUGUUUGAUUGAUUACUUUUCAAGCGUCGCAACUUAUGUUGAAGAUCGAACAGGUGUGAUCUAUGGAGAGAAUAUUCUCUCAUUUCGUGCAAUUUUCAACGAUGUUCGUAAUUCUAUUGAUCGUGUUCAUCAACGAGAUAAAUUAAAAGAAACUGUCUGUGAAAAUAUCGAUAAAUAUGUGCAUAAAAACGAUCAAUUACCUGUUCUAUUAGAUCGUAUUCGAUCGCAUAAUGCUAAAACAUUUCUAUUAACUAAUAGUGAAUAUUGGUAUACGGAUAAAUUGAUGACUUAUCUAUUGACGAUCUACGACGAUGAUUCCAAAACCAUCAAGCGUGAUUGGAAAUCCUAUUUUGAUUAUAUUCUCGUCGACGCACAGAAACCACUGUUCUUUGCCGAAGGAACAACGUUGAGAAUCAUCGAUCCCAAUACUGGAAGCAUGAAACUAGGUUCCUAUGCAGGGCAAUUACAGCAGAAUGAGGUUUACAGCGGAGGCUCCUGCGAAGUGGUUUCGAAAUUGAUUGGUUCAAUGGGUAAGGAUGUUCUCUAUGUUGGUGAUCAUAUCUUCGGUGAUAUAAUCAAAUCGAAAAAGCAAAAAGCAUGGCGAACGAUGCUCGUUGUCCCGGAAUUAAAUCAUGAAUUGAAAGUCUUUCAUGAUAAACGAGAAUUAUUCAAUACAUUAGAAACAUUAGAUACAUCAAUUAGCGAAUUACUUCGUUCAUUUGAUAUGACUUCGAAUCAAGGACCGGAUGCAGUUAACAAAAUUAAGCAUAAAAUACAAGAGUGCACUCAUGAACUCGAUAUGAACUUUGGCCUAUUGGGUUCACUAUUUCGAACUGGUUCACGACAAACACAUUUUGCAUCACAAGUAACAAGAUAUGCUGAUAUAUAUGCUUCCACAGUUGUGAAUCUUGUUUAUUAUCCAUUUUUCUACUUUUUUCGUGCGGUUCCACAGUUGAUGCCACACGAAUCAACUGUUGAUCCCGAAGAACCAAUGGACUUCAAGUCAUGGGGUGAAGAUAAUGAAUCACUCCCGUUCGAUCGUCGUCGUUCAACAUUUGCUCAAUCAUCGUCGUCUAGCACACCCCAUUUAGCUCAUAAAUUAUCAAUUCAAACGCAUCCGGACCUGCCAUUACAUGUGACACACGAUCACGAUGAUGAUGGAGAUGAAGAUGAAGACAGUGCUGCUGCUGAUCCGGAUACAGAUAUCGAACUUCGAUCACGUAUAACUUAUACUCCGCCAAAACGCAAAAUCGAACAGAUUGCCAAUGGGAAUGCCGAGAAAAAAGAAGAGAAUACUUCAAAAUGA